AUGUCGUCGACAGGAGCCCCCAAUGGCUCCAACGGGGACCACGCGCAAGCAGCUGCCUCGCCGAGGCCAUCGACAGCUGCAUCGGGACCACCACCACAACCGCCCCCGGCCGCAGCGACAGCUACCGCGGUAGAUUCGUCCGCGACAUCGACCCCCGAGCUCGACGUCCCGAAGCUGCAGUCCCUCCCGGCCGAACAACAGGAGCUCUUUCUCCUGACCUUUGUCUCGACCCUCUCCAAGCACGUCCUCAGCCUCCCCGCCGACGACUGCACCGCCCAGCAGUUCUACCUCAAGAAAGAGAUCUUCCAAAUCAUCAACCUCCCCUCGCCGCAGCCAAGCCGAGUCGUCAGGAACAACCUGGGAAAGUGCCUCGCCCACAUCUUUGGCCAUGGCGAUAGGAAGCUCCUCUUCGAGACCAUCAACGAUCUGAUUGGCAUCAUCUCGGGCGCCAAGUCCAAGGCCGAUGCCGGUCCGCGCACAAAGCACGCCGCUGUCGCCUGUCUGGGAGACGUAUAUGUGUCCGCUGGCGACAGCGCCAUCGGCCUUCACCAACUGGCCUGCGCCACGCUCAUCAAGCUGCUCAAGUCGUCGUCCAACAAUGCCGGCCUCCGUGCUGCCGUCUUUGUGUCCCUGGCCAAGCUUGUGAAGAUGGUGGAGGGGAGUGUAGACGAGAAUGUCGCCAGGGAUAUCUUUAAGCAGUCGCGCAGCUUCGCUACUAGCGACAAGGGCUCGCUCGUCAUCGUUUCGGCUUGUCGGUGCCUGAGAGCCUUGGUUCGGCACACACCGUACUUUGAGAACUCUAGCGACUUUGAGAAGCUGCAGGCUGCCAUAUGGAAGGUCACUGACUCUUCGUCGUCGCAAGUGAGGCACGCCGCCGCGGAAGCGCUGGCUGAGGCCAUGGUGCGCGGUUAUUCAGAGACUGGAGUGGCGGAAGGCGCUCCCGUGACAUCAAAGGCGUCCAAGAGGUUUUCCAAGAAGCCCAUCAAGCGCACGGGCACAGCGGCCAGCAUGGUUGCUGACGAGGACGAGCUACCGACGUCGCGGCCUGGCAGCCCUGCUCCCGGUGGAAAGAGGACGCAGGAUCUUGCGCUGUCUCUGACGGAGAUUCUCAAGAUCUUAUCGACGCAGUAUGCCAAGAUGCCGACGCCCAACAGGGCGAGAGCCGCCAUUGGCGUGUGCUACGGCAAGGUGCUCAGAAAGCUCGGCGAGAAGACGGUGGAGGCGAAUUACCUCAGGAUCCUCGAGAGCUUGACCAUUGACAUUUUGGGACAACCCAACAUUCUCAACAACCGUUAUCGUCUUCUCAUCUCGAGGCGCAUUGUUGAUACAAUCCUCCAGGAUAUCAUUGGAAAGAAAAUUCUGGGUGAGUCUGGUCAGACUGCGGCGGCCAAGUCGAUUGUCAACGACAUCCUUAAGAACUACCCUCAAGCCCUGACGGAGCGGCCCGAGCCGUCGAAACAUACCCUCAUCGCCGCCCUCGGCGCCGUGGCAGCGCUCAUCAACAACUUGGGAUCCGCUGCGAACAACUUUGCCGAGUCUUGCCGCGACGGUCUCUUGCAGGUUCUCCAGCACCCCAGCUACUCAGUCCAGGUGCACGCUUCAGCAUGCAUGAAGGCUUUUGUGUUGGCUUGCCCACAGCAGCUCCUGCCCUGCUUGUCGGUUUGCAUGAAUAGUUUGAGCAGAGAGCUAGCUCUUCUGACGAGUGGCCGAAACUCUCCUCGGCGAUGCGUAGGAUUUGCCCACGGUUUGGCGGCAACACUAAGUGCCAGCCCCGCGCGACCUCUGCAUGGUUCCGUUGACAUUAACAGCCGUGUCCUCACCAUGGCUACUAACUUGCUGAAGUCGAGCGGGCAGUCUGAGUUGAGGGUCUCGAGUACUCAAAUCCAGGUCGCCUGGAUCCUCAUCGGCGGCUUGAUGUCGCUCGGACCGAACUUUGUCAAGAUUCAUCUUUCUCAAUUACUUCUUCUGUGGAAGAAUGCGCUCCCGAAGCCGUUGUCGAAAGACAACACUGCGCACCGGAGUUUCCUGGAGGCUUCUUUCUUGACUCACGUCAGAGAAUGCGCUCUGGGAUCUAUCCUCUCGUUCCUACAGUUCAAUAACCGCUUGUUGACCGUCGAUGUCUCCAAGCGCAUAGCAACGAUGCUCCAAAACACGUCCGCAUUCUUGCGAACGCUGCCUGCGAGGAAGACCACCGACGACGUGGCGCAGAGGCUGACGCCGGCAUUGCAGCUUCACGAUCUCGAUAUGAUGGUGCAACGUCGAGUUCUGCAAUGCUACAUCAAGUUGGUCAACCUCAGCCCUGCUGGAGGCAGCGAGGCCCUUUUACAAUCCAACCUUCUCACAAUCGCGAUAUCGCUGUUUGCGGACCCGGAAAACUAUUCGGUCAACUCUCUCAGUGCAUCGAUCGCGAAUGCCGCAGCCACGUUCGAGACUGUUUGGGAUGUUGGCGACAACUCUGGGUUCGGUAUCACAGAACAUGACGCAUCUCUUUUAUACGUCGGCGACACCGCCUCGGAGCCGACGAACCCAGAUCCACCAGCCACGGAGGUCAUCAACAUGGCUAUCCAGCUUUUCGCGUUCGUAUUCCCGCUCACGCCCCCCAAAGUACAAGAGAGCGUUCUUGAGCAGGUCAGGACCUUCAUGUCGGCUGGUCCUCUGCUGAGAGACCCUGGAAGGAAGGCAGCCAUGAAUGUCAAUGUCUCAGUUGCCAUCUUGUCGACAUUACGUGUGGCUGUGAAGGAGACUCAAUCUUCGCCUGGCAACGUCACCAAUCUGGCCGUGGAGAGGCUUCUCCAGGACAUGCUGCGGGAUUUUGUCAUUGACGGAGAUCAGUAUGUCCGGAGCGUUGGAUAUGCUGCAGUUGCUAGGCUUUGCAAUGCCUGUGGUAAUGCCUUCACCAACCACGAGAUCAAGUACCUUGUCGACACCAUCGUCAGUAACCGAGAGCCGAGUGCUCGCGCUGGCUGUGCCAUGGCACUCGGAUCCAUCCAAACCAAGGUUGGUGGCAUGGCGGCGGGCUACCAUUUGAAGACUAUUCUCGGCAUUCUCAUGUCUCUCUGCAACGAUCCUCAUCCUACCGUCCAUUUCUGGGCCUUGGAGGCACUCGCCCUGGCUUCAGAUGCUGCCGGAUUGAGCUUUGCUGGGUAUGUGCCUAGCACGCUCGGAAUGCUGGCACAGCUUUACGUCUCUGAUACGCACCACCCGGAAAUCUCGUCUGCUAUUACGAUGAACCUCGAAAUGGAACUCUCUACCCCUGCCGCCAUCACGCGAUGCGUCGACUCUCUCAUCAACGUCCUGGGUCCUGAUCUGCAAGACUCGACCAAGUCGAGGGAGCUUAUCCUUGACCUUAUCAAUCAACUUCAGGAGGAGGAUGACUUGCUGGUGCAGCGUGCCACUCUGAGUUGUUUCGAGCACCUGUCGCUUUACGCGCCGGGAUAUAUGCACUUUGAUGACUAUGUCAAGUUGCUCCAGAAGUACCUCAGAUCAGAGUAUCCGAUCUUGCGGGACGUCGCCGUCGAUGGCCUGUACAACAUCAUGAAGAGAAACCCCAAUGACGUGAUCAACGCUGCCGAGAAGGGCUUCGAAGAUCACUUGUGGCUGGUUCUUGAUACUGCGCCGACACACGAUGGUAUCAGAAACAUCCUGAGGAACUGGAUGCGACAGACUUGUUUGACUGACACUGGUCUGUGGCUUCAAAGAUUUCAGACUGUGCUCAAGAUGACCAGGGCCAAGGCCAAGGAAGAGUCAGACGUCGGGACCAAGAAGUCGGGCGGAUUGCCGGACCUACAGGACGAGGAAGUGGCUGGCUUUGCAGGCACCGCCAAGGAUGAUCAAGACAACAAGGCCGGGGCUGAAGUCGAGCCUCUUCGAUGGCAAGUUACGACAUUCGCCAUCAGCUGCAUCAACGACAUGUUUGUCUUGAUUGCGAAGGAUGUGAUGACGAACGGCGAGUCCGCUGCGCAGGUGGCGCUUCAGAAUAGGAUCGGUGAUGUUGUCCGCAUGGCCUUCUCCGCGUCCACGUCUAGUGUCCUGGAGCUGCGCGUGUGGGGUCUCAAGAUCAUUGGGGCAGUCCUCAAGAUGUUUGGACGGACACCCGACCCGGACUUUGAUGAAGCCAUGCUUCUCGAGCAGUACCAGGCUCAGAUCAGUUCCGCGCUCACGCCCGCUUUUGCCGCGGACUCGUCCCCUGAGCUGGCGUCUGAAGCCGUCAACGUCUGUGCCGGCUUCAUCGCCACAGGCAUCGUUACGGAUGUUGAUAGAAUGGGUCGUAUCCUCAAGACUCUGGUGUCUGCUUUGGAGAACUUCUCCAGAGAGAACGAGAAUGCUGGCAUUGGCGAGCUGAAGGGUCUCAGCUCCAAUGCGCAAGUCAUGGUCAAGAUGUCCGUCUUCUCGGCCUGGGCAGAGCUACAAGUUGCCAGCUCGGAGCAGAAGUACCUGCUCAACGUGCUGAAGCCUCACAUUGGAACAUUGACGCCGCUGUGGCUGGAGUCGCUGCGAGAGUUUGCCCGCUUGCGCUUCGAGCCUGACAUUUCAAUGACACUCGGACCCCCCUCGCUAUCAGGCAGUCUCGAUACUAUCUACGCGGCCCUGAACAGAGAGACGUUGCUCAAGUUUUACCAAGAAUCAUGGCUCAAGCUCGUCGACGCUAUUGCGAGCUUGAUUGAGCAAGACAGCGAGUUUGUGUUUGAUGCUCUCGAUGGGAAGGCGUCUGAGGGGCUGAGCACGAACGGCCACACCAAGGGUCCUGACAUCAACUACCGCGACGAGCCUGUUGCGUUCUUCUUCGUCCUUUUUGGAAUCGCAUUCGAGGCCCUAGCCACGCGCCCUGGCCAAAGUGACUCGUUGGCUACUCAAGAGCAGAACCUGGCUAUUUUGCAGGCCCUCAAGAAGAUCCUCCACCCGAGUGUAUCCGGCCAUGCGAUUUACAGAGAGGCAAUCUUCUCGGAGACUAUGGAUCUGCUCGAUAGACUGGUCUUGACGGAAGGACUCGACGUGCAAGGCGUCAUUGUAGAGAUCGCGAGGGCACUCUGCGUCUCUCACCCAUCGGCACGCAAGAAGGACUCUGGCGAUGACGGCGAUCUAUCAGACGACAUUGACCAGCUUUUCGAGCUCACACGCAUCAUCGUCCUGGUCCUCGCUGGGCUGCUUCCCAACCUCACAGAGGUAAAUCAGCCGGGCCGCCACCAAAUGACGGAGGAAGCCGUGCUCCUCAUCCGCUCAUCCCUGAAUGCGCUCGUUGACGCUGCCGAGGUCUUCCCCUCCAUCAUCAAGACCGAUCUUCACGCCUGCAUUAUCCACAUCCUGGCCACCAUCCUUUCAACUCCCGGAUGUCAGGAAGUCAUCGUUCCGCAGUCCCUACCCACCCUCAAGCGCUUCGUCGCGAGCAUGACAAAAUCCCGCAGGGCGAGCAGCGGCGAGGACGGUAGCGGGCCGUCGCCCACGGAUGUCCAGCUGCAGGGCUGCCUACGCCGGUUCCUUUCGAUUUACCUCAACGCACAGAAGCGAGAGGUGCCUACAUCCCUCACCUGCGUCAAGAACUGUUUGCUCGCGAGCACCAUCCUGUUCACGGGCGGCACGAACCACCUGGCGGCGAACGAUGCUCUUGUGGCAAGAUACCUCGAUGAGGUGGUUGAUUGCCUGACGGAUCGCAUGACGGCCAAGAUCGCUGCCAACUGCAUCAGGUCGCUGCUCCUGCAGGGCAACCCUACACCGGCAGACCACACCAUUGCGCGCUACCUCCUCCCGCGCCUCGUCGCAUUCGUGACCAACACGGCGCCAGAGGACCCGGAGAACGCCCGCUCCAUGAUUGCGCACUCGCUGAGCCAGUACGUCGGCGUGGUACCCCGGGACCGCGUCCCCGUCGCCAUGGCGCUCGUCCUGCCCACCUGUCUCGCGCGCGCCUCCUCAGAGGGCGAAGACUGCUAUAGAGACACCUCGGCGCGGCUGCUGGAGCUGGCGGCCAUUGACCAGAACGCGUUCCGCACCGUCGUGGCGAGCAUGAGCGACGGGCAAAAGGCCUUCCUUGAGGAGGUUAUCCGGUGGGGACGGCAGCAGGGGCCUACGGAACAGGCCGCGAGCGGGGCGACGGGUCAGCCGAGCAUCGCGUUGAAGAUGGACUUUGGAGGGUGA